UCACAGAGCGGUCAAGGCUGUGAAGGGGUGUUUCACUGGUGACCCAGUCUUAUAAGAGCUGGUUUAAGCUGGGAGGACGGGGAGAAUCCAGCCUGCGACGGAGGGUUUGGGAAGGAUUUUUCAUCUCUCUCCUGUCUGCUGGAGCUGAGUUUCGUGGAGGAUCCGGCCACCCAGCUCAGCUAUGUCCACCAGUGGCACGGACGUGGACUGUGAGAGGUGCCAGUGCCACAGUGAAGCCAAACGCACCGCCAUCCUCUACACCCUCCUCAGCCAGAACCUCACCCACAGCCGUGGCGGCCGCAGCCCUGGCCACCAGCGCUGCCUCUGCCACCAGCGCCGCACCGUCUGCCUCCGCACACCCCAUGUCACCUGCCAGGCGGCCUCCAACGUGCUGGUAAAAACCAUCAGCUUUAUGAAAAACCUCCCUUCCUUCCACCUGCUGCCGCGAGAGGAUCAACUCCUGCUGCUGGACAGCUGCUGGGUCCCCCUUUUCCUCCUGGGGCUGGUCCAGGAGAUGGUGACCUUCGAGGUGAUGGAGACACCGGCCCCCAGCAUGCUCAAGAAGAUCCUCCUCGACGGCCAAAGCAAAGGGCAGGAGCCCGAGCGGACGCAGCCCACGCUGGCCGCCGUGCAGCGGCUGCAGUGCUGCCUCAACACCUUCUGGAGCCUGGACCUGAGCCCCAAGGAAUAUGCCUACCUGAAGGGAGCCAUUCUCUUUAAUCCUGAUGUCCCAGGGCUGAGGGCCUCCCUGUACAUCGAAAGCCUCCAGCGGGAAGCCCAGAGAGCUCUUCAGGAGGUCCUGCAGCCCCUGCACCCUGAAGACCAGGGCCGCUUUGCCCGCAUUUUGCUGAUCGCCUCUACCUUAAAAUCGAUCCCUCCCGCUCUCAUCACUGAUCUCUUCUUCCGACCCGUCAUCGGCAAUGCGGACAUCGUUGAGCUGAUUGUGGAAAUGCUGUACGAAAUAACCGGCGGGCAGCUGGCUCCCGUGGCACACGUGGCGUGCUGAGAGCCAGCGGCCCUCUGGAUGCUCCCCACGGCUCGCCGGGGCAGUGAAGCAAAUCUGGGAGCGGUGAUUUAGCGAGAGAAGCACUCUGGACUCUGCGGGGACCUGCGCCUUUCGGUAGGGCUCAGGCCAGAGGAUUCAGCCAAGCUGCAGCAGAGCACACGGAGAAAUGGCAGCGCCGGUUCAGCAGAUGUUUACAGCAGCUCCUGCUCUGCCUCUGCCAGUCUCCGGUUCAGCGAGCAUGUGCGGGCAAGGGGUUUCUUUCCCUGUUUGCAGCCAGAGCAGCUCAGCCCCCUGUGAACAGAACACAAAGCAGGUCAGGUUAGAGCCCGGUCUUGCUCUUGAGUUAACUCAGCAAAUCCUUGGUUCUGUUGAAAUCAAUGUGCAUUUUGCUGUUAACUCCAAGAGAUGAGGUUUGUCCCCAACUAACAGCUUCAUUCUGCAGUGUUUAGACCCACUGAAUAAUGUGUCUUCAGUGGGAUUGCUUACCAAGUGCAAACAUUAUGGGAAUUAGGUGUGGGUGAAGUCUUAGCCUGUUUAUUGUGCUUGAAAUCUUAGAAAUAUUCAUGAAAGAUGGCACCAAGAGGGAAAAAGCCAGAGUAUUAAAUCCUACAGGGUGUGCAGAUCCACCCCUCUUACGUUUGCUUAGAUUGUAACUUUUCUCCACAUUGCCAUAAUAUACAACAGGACUGCUUGCAAAACAAUGGCAUUUACCUAAGAGCACAUCACUGUGGGCUGUGAGCUUACCUCC